AUGUUCAAAUCAACCAGCGUUUCAAUUCUUGUGCUUGCUUUGGCCUUUGGUCUGGUCACCGCUAGUGCUGAAAAUAAUCCGCCACAACUAAUCAAGGCCAAACUGGAAGUCAUUCCGGACAUUGCCGCCUACAAAGCUGCUCAUCCUAAGUCGGAUGUUGUCCCGCUGAUUACCACCAAGAACAACCGUUCACAAAUUGUGUAUACGGUGGGAAGUCGAUUGCCAGGUGACCAAUUGGUGGGUACCGGUCAGGACUAUACAUCGUGGGAGACACUGCAGGAUGUGUCAUUGUACUUGCGCUAUCCACAGUUUGGAACCGGAGCGGUGAUUACCUUUGUUGAAAUAGUUGUGAACCAGAGUUCUGAACUGGGUGAUUUUUACGUUAUUUCCGGUGGAGUUGGUGAGCAGUUCAUCGAAAUGAUCAUCGGAGCGUACGCUACCAACUAUUUCCAGUACAGUGUCCAGGUCUACGGUUAUUAUUAG